AUGAGCCCCGGGGCUUAUUUUAGAGGAUCAUUUAAACACAAAAUAAACAUUUGCGUUAAACCUGGUUUAGCAAAUAUAAAACAAUUAUCAUACUGUAUUUACAUCGAAUACAACAUAGUAGGAGAGUCGAGUAAGAAAACAGAUUUUGUUGGAACACAAGAAAUUGGAGCUUUAAAUGAUUGCAAAAUACAAAAAUUUAAAACUGACAUAUUUAUAGAAAAUAUUCGAUUCGUUGUUGUUUGGAGUGAAGAUAUAUUUUUUGGGAAGGACGAUGUUUUGUAUGCGAGUCAUUUCAACGUCAAAAACGAAGAAUUAGUGUCUAAUGGUACAAUUACAUUAGAUAUAGACACCGUCGAAAGAACUAAUCUUGAACAUGAUAGAAAGACUGUUUAUUGA